AAGUACGAAAAAAAAAAGAGAUCUUAUAGAAUCUAGAUCUAUAUAGAUCUAGAAUUAUAAUCGCAUUUAAAGUUAGUUAACUAGGUCCAGGUAUAGGCCUAAGCUAUAGCGCUCAGCAGCUGUUCUUAGGAUAUCUAGCUUUUCUUCGGACAACCCUUUCUUUGUGCUCCCUCCACUACUGCACUUUGAAGGAUGACUUAUGUAUAGACAGUUUAUGGAGAAAACUAAAUGGCUGAGAGUCUACAUCAAUUGUAGGAAAUGUGGUUCAAUAUUCAUUUAUAGAUACAGGAUUAUCUGUGAGCACUGUAAAGAAGCUUACUAUUGUAGUACAACCUGCCGUAGAGAGGACUACAAUGUACAUAAGAAAUACUGUGAAGCAAUUUAUCCAGAUGCUUCCAGGAUAUCCACAGGCUCUGCAUUUGGGGAAGAUCUUAAAUCAUUGAAUGAACUUUUCCUUCAUAGAGAUGCGAUAAAAGCGAAUUGUCCAAAGAUGUUUGAGAAAGAAAAAAGUAAUUGCCUUGUGUGUCAUAAAAUGUGUGACAAAAGUAUAUCAUGUGCUAUUUGCAGAGGUGGCUACUAUUGUAGUAUUUCAUGUCAGAGUAAAUACAAAGCUCAGCAUAAACCAUCCUGUGCCUUGAUAGCAUUAUACACCUUUGUAGACCAAGUCCUGAUAGAUGGCCAGACUUUUCAACUGCUUCAAACUAAAGGGCUAACAGAAAAUACCAAAACCAGUGCACUUCUUGGAAACCUGGUUCAUGAAUUAGCACCUACUAUUGCUGCAACUUUAUACAUACAGUUAAAAAGACCAGUCAUAAUUGCACAGAUUGUUUCCCCUUAUCCACACAUGUGGCGUUCUGCAGUUGUUGUUAGUGAUGUUCAUCAAAUGAAACUACACAUAAUCUUUCAUGAUGAGCAGAGGACUGAGGCUGCCAUAACUGGCUACCCAGAUGCUGACAGACUGGCUGUAACCAUGGAACCUCUAUUAUCUUGUUUAAGACCAGGAAACUUCAUCAUCUUACUAGAUGCAUGGCUGCACACGUUUAAAGAUUUAACAACUGGAGUGCGAAUAGAUGACCUUCGAAAAGUUCAUUUUGUUUGGGCUGAAUAAACAAGGAAACUAAUAUUUUAAACAAACAACAAAAAAAACACACCACUAACUGUAUAAUUUAACCCUGUAGAUUUUAUAAUUUAACUCCUAGAGUUGACCCUUGAUAGUCUGACAUUUAUGGGACUGGGGUCGUGUCAUAUUAGCAAAGGUUAGCUAUACUUUAAAGAAUUAAGCUGUAUGUCUAGAAAAUUAUACUAUACUGUAGUAAAAUAUUCUCUUGACUUCCGAUGGAAUAAAAAAUAGAUGAAAAAGAAAAAUGUAUUGAUCUAAAAAAAAAAGUAAAUAAAAUUUCCUCAGCUUGGGAAUAUUUGCUCGAUUUAAAUGUUUUUCUGUUUGUUUCUUCCUCAUUGGAUUUCACAAUAUGCUCUACUUUCUCCCUAUUUUUCAUAAUGUCAUAAAGGGUAGGUAGCCCCAUGCCUGGUUGUAUGGUAUGCACACUUGACUGUUGUUUGGACUUCUUGAUUAUCCCAGGUUCAUACCCUGUCCCCUGCCAUCCCACAUCAUCCUGCAGGAGGUUUGGAUUAUGAAGUAAAUUAUCUUCAACUCUGAUGGAACUUGGAAAAUGUAAAAAAAAUUUACAAACGCUUUUUUUACAUAAAUUAAAGAAAUAGCAUUGGGAGUUUCACCAGGUUAAUACCUUUCAAUCAUUUCCCAUGUUCCAGUAAGAGAUAAUGUUUUAUGCUUAGGUUUGCCAACUUUGCUUGCCAUUUGCCAUCAUACAAGACGUAAUAAAAACUUCAGCACUAAAAUAUACGGCAGAUAAACUGGCUAAAAGUAAUCACAGAAAGACAAUCAAGAAUGUAUCACCCACUUAAUACAGUAAGAAACACAUAAGAAGCUGCAAGAUUUGCAUGUCAAAGGACAUGUGCAACUGAAGUUUCCAUUGUCACCAAGUUGGUGUCAUGUGUCGGAUUACUGAGUGCAUGGGACUAUCAAGGGUUGACUGUGUAUAUAAUCUUAGCAUUAUUUUUGUUGUCUUGGAUUAUAUAUUUUUUUAUUUAUUGUUUGUUACACUGUGUUAAAAAGACAAAACAAAAAAAAAACUGCUUUUAUUGUGUGUAACUUUUUUUUUAGAGGGUAGGUGGUUGUUAAAUACAUAACAUCUCAGUUUUAAAAAGUUGACUUCCUGUCUUUCACAUUAGUAUUGAAUUUUUAUUGAUUAUAAUAAAUAAUCUUAGGGUGCCUUUUUAGAAUGUUUAAUACUAAUUGUUUCAUAAUUUAUUUGUACCCAGUGGCUAUAUAUUCAUGUUAUGGGUUUUGUGCAGUAGUUUAAUACUAAUUGUUUCAUAAUUUAUUUGUACCCAGUGGCUAUAUAUUCAUGUUAUGGGUUUUGUGCAGUAUUUUCAGGAGCGUACAUUGCAUACAUUAGAACUCUGAGGACUUAGCACAAUCCUGUUUUGUUUUAGCAAGGCAUGAAACUUAUUACUAUUGGGCUGGGGGUUUUAUACACAACCAUUCAUGCAGUGACCACAUUUGAAAUUAUUUAUAAGUUUACUACAUGUUUAUAAUGUAGCUUUAACUAUUUCAUGGUGCUAUUACAUUGAGUCAGUAUUUAGCAGCAUUGAUUUUAUUUUUUCCUGGAAACCUAAUGCUGACAUAAGUCCUAUUUUUUUUAUUGUAUUUUUCAGGGCCCUUUAAUUUAGUGCGACAUUGUGAGAAUAUAAUUCAAUGGCUUGUUGGGUCUUUUUUUUUUUUUUUUUACAACACAGCAUUAUAUGGGUCAUUGUUAUUUAAGUUUAAAAAAAUAAAUUUUCUCAAUUAAAUGCCAACAUUCUAUGUUAUUGAACGUGUAAGAAGAUAAUAUUUUUCGUAAGGAUGUGGUGUAGUUCAUACAAAGAAUAAAAUGGCUGCUAUAUGGAAGGUGUAAAGCGUAAUGGUCAAAUCUGUUAAAAAAAAACAACACCUCCACAUUAUACUAUUUACUAUGCACCUGUCUGAUGAAUUUUUAAGUGAGGUGUUAUAAUUUUAAGAUACUUUUAACUCUUACUUUUUGUUGCAGCUUCUUAAACUUUUUUAAAGAGUUUUCUUUUGUUUGCAUUGUUUCUUUGAUGUGAUAUUAAACCAGAAUUUAUGUCAUUUGUUGGAUGAAUAAUAUUUUUUUUUUUUUGCAUUUUUCAUAUUGUUUUUGAGAUUGGUUGGUCAAUGUCCUCUUCUGCUUGAAAUGAUUUUUGGUGUGCUAAAAUGUUAAGCACAUGCAAUCAGUCUGUGAUUAAUGAAACAGGCAAUGACAAAUUCAAUCAUGUUUUUGUACAUGUGAAGAACCAUUUAAAGCUUGAUGUGAUUCAUUUACUCCAGAGUCAAUAAUUUUAUUUUAAGUGUUUCAUUGAUACAUUUUUGUAUUUGUACUGUUUAUUUUAAUAACAUAGUCUGGAAUAAUAUCAAAAUCCUAACACUAGUCCUGAUCUGUUAAUUUAGAAAUACUAAUAGUUGCUGAAUAUACCAUUUAAAAACAAUAUUUGCUUUAAACUUGAAUUUGGUAAUGUUUUUACAAAUAGUUAAUUGCUUUAUAUCCUUCUGAAAAUUUCUGAUGUAGGUCUAUUAUCAUUUCCUUUUUCUAAUUUAAUGUCAUGAAUAUAAAAAAUCAUUAAAAAAAUGCUUUUUUUUUUUGUUUUUCUCUUAAUAGGGGUAGGCCUAGCUACUAAUAACUGAUUAUAUGAAAAGUCUUAUAUAUACAUUAAAUUAGUGGUCUGUAAAUACUGUUGAUAUUACUAGGUAUUAAGGAUAUUGAGAUUCAGUUAGAGACGUUAUGGCACCAGACUUAUGUCAACUCAGAAAACAAAAUAUUUUAUUUAAUAAUUUUUUUAAAAAUUAUAGUGGUAUGCAUGGAUGACUUCCUAAUUGUCUGGUAUGCACAUCGUCUCAAUGGUACUGGGUUCACAUGCUGUCACCCAAUGGGAGGUUAAGGUUAGGAUGUAAUAUUUAAUUCUGAUUCGAAGGAACAUCUAGACAUUUAAAAUAAAUUCUUUUUAGACUGCCAGUAUUACAUUUCUGUCAUUAAACUGACUUCUUAGCAAGUGGUACACCACCAGCCUUGUCAUGCACUAUCUAGUUUAUGAUCUGUCAAUAAAAUAUGAAGUGGAGAAAAGAA